GCAUAACGUCGAGAGCAAAGAUGCGGACAAAACCUGUAGAUUAGGCUCCAGAGCAAAAAGUCGACUUUUAAGGAGGGAGAUCAGCAUUCGCGCUGUGCUUGUUGUACUGUCUGUAGCGUUGUGCGGGGCAGCUGCAGGCGCCAUGCGCGUGCUCAGCGGCUCGCUGCUGCUCGUAGCAGCCGUGUUGUUCAGCGCAGAUCCGAGCAGAGCAGAGGGGUGUUCAGGCUCAUCAUGUGGGAAGUGUGACUGCAGCGGUGUAAAAGGGUCAAAGGGUGAGAGAGGUUUACCUGGUUUACAAGGCAAUAUGGGAUUUCCUGGUAUGCAAGGUCAUGAGGGCCCGCAAGGGCCAACAGGACCAAAGGGAGAUCAUGGUGAGCCAGGGGCUCAUGGAAUGAAAGGAAUACGUGGUCCUCCUGGUUUACCUGGUAUUCCGGGAAUUCCUGGGCACCCGGGCAUCCCAGGUCAAGAUGGCCCACAGGGACUGCCGGGCAUCCCUGGCUGCAAUGGAACAAAGGGGGAUCGAGGCAGAGAUGGAAUCCCAGGCAUACCAGGAUUGCCGGGACCACCAGGUUUUCCAGGUGAUCCAGGAGUGAAGGGUGACCCAGGCGGUGUUAUUGGUGGGUUUAUUCCUCAGAAAGGAGAGAGAGGCUUUUCAGGAGCACCAGGAUCGCCAGGGCCACCAGGACAUGCUGGACCACAUGGACCAGUUGGCCCACCAGGACCAGAAGGGCCUCGAGGAUAUACUGGUGAACCCGGCCCUCCUGGCCCUCCUGGUGAUAAGCUUACUUUUGUUGGUCCGAAAGGUGAAAAGGGUGAAAAAGGCCUCACAGGUCCACCAGGGCCCCCUGGAAUUCCCAGAGAAGUUGAAGGAAGCAUCACGGUUUCUAUCCCUGGAGAAAAAGGUGAAAAGGGGGCGCCCGGACAAAAGGGUGACAUGUGUUCACCAUAUCAAGCAGGAAUCAAAGGUGAACCAGGACCUCCAGGCCCACAAGGAAAAAUAGGAAAGGAUGGAAACAAUGGAGCUAAGGGGGAAAAAGGUGAACUUGGUAUGCCUGGAUUUUCUGGCUUAAAGGGGCAAAAAGGAGAGAAAGGACCUCCAGGAUAUGCUGAUGGUGCGCCCGGCCCUCCUGGUCCUCCAGGCUUACCUGGAGCAAUGGGAGAGAGAGGCCUCCCUGGGUAUACUGGAGAGCCUGGUCUUCCAGGCAAGAAUAUUGUGGGUCCUCCUGGACAUCCAGGCUUUCCUGGAGAGAUUGGACAGAAAGGAGACAAAGGUGCUGAUGGAGAGUCUCUCAGAGGACCCAAGGGAACUGAUGGACCUCCUGGUCAACCUGGACCCCCAGGGCCAUUAAAUGAGGAGUGUGACGUUGAUCGUGGAGAACCAGGUCCUCCUGGACCUCCUGGGUUGCAAGGAGAAGUGGGACAGAAAGGUGACAGAGGAGACACUUGCACACAGUGCUCUGCCAGUGGACCUCCAGGUUUACCUGGUAUUCAGGGGCCAAAAGGAAAUCAAGGUUUCCAUGGACAACCAGGUAGUAAAGGAGAAAAAGGUCAGCCUGGCACUCAAGGAGCUCCUGGGUUUCCGGGGAACGACGGCUCCCCAGGUUUGAUUGGUGCUCCUGGGGCAAAGGGUGAACCAGGUGACAUCUAUAUAACCCCAGAGCUGAAGGGAGAGAAGGGCUCACCUGGGGUUCCUGGCAGUAGGGGAUUACCAGGCAUAGAUGGAUUACCUGGGAAAGAUGGAUGGCCAGGUCUACCAGGACCGAAAGGAGAGCCAGCUAGAGUCGGUAUUAAAGGUGACCGUGGCCUGGAUGGCGAGCCAGGGAAGAUAGGACCCACUGGUGAGAGAGGACCCCCAGGUCCUUCUGGAAUCGGCCGCCCUGGAGAGCCUGGAGAAAAGGGCAGUCAAGGAUUUCCCGGUGCUCCAGGAAGGCCAGGAACGCCAGGACCUAAAGGUGAACCUGGAAAAGGUGUAAGUUCACCAGGACCUCCAGGUCCACCAGGACCACGUGGUGAGACAGGAUUGCCUGGCCUUCAAGGUGAAAGGGGUUUUCCUGGAGAUCAAGGACGGGCAGGAUUACCAGGUGAAAAAGGUGACCCUGGCCUUCCAGGAAUCGGAUUUACAGGUCCACCAGGUCCAAAAGGUCAUGCCGGUUUACCAGGUGCACCAGGAUUCCAUGGAGACCCUGGCAAUCCAGGUCAGGACGGUUCUCCUGGACACCCAGGAACUCCUGGACAAAAAGGUGAACCUGGCAUUGGCCUCCGAGGACCCAAGGGCUCUAUGGGUCCGCCAGGAGUUCAAGGGUUUCAAGGCGAAAAGGGUAAUGUAGGAAUGCCAGGAGUCCCUGGAACCGAAGGACGAACUGGACCACCUGGUCCUCAGGGUGUAAAAGGUGAAACUGGCCCUCCUGGAUUCCCAGGUUUCUCAGGACCACCUGGACCCCCAGGACCCGGUGAGCCUGGACUACCUGGACUGAUGGGACCCCCUGGAGAACCUGGUCCCUUAGGUCGUAUUGGUGAAAAGGGAGAGAAAGGUCCCCAAGGUGUACCUGGUCCUCCAAUGCCUGGUCCUCAAGGUGAGAAAGGCACCCCUGGUUUUCCUGGAUCACCAGGGCCUAAGGGCUUUCCAGGGGAACCAGGAAGUCCAGGUAUAGACGGAAUCCCUGGAGAGAGAGGUCCCAAAGGAGACAUCGGAGUAAUGGGAAUUCCAGGGUCACCUGGACAACAGGGUCAACCAGGAGCCCCUGGAACCAUUGGACCAAGAGGUGACCCUGGUGUUAGUGGGCCUAGGGGAGAGUUUGGUGAACAGGGCCCUAAAGGAGAGAGAGGAGAUCCUGGUCUUCAAGGACCACCUGGUAAUAUGACUGAUGUGGAAAUGGAGCAUAUGAAAGGAGAGAAGGGAGACAUCGGAGACAGAGGGGAUCCAGGCCCUACAGGAGAGAAAGGGAUCCCUGGAUCACCUGGAGAUCCUGGAAUACCUGGAAAGGAUGGAAUGCCUGGUUCACCAGGAAAGCCAGGUGAGAAAGGUGAUCCAGGACUUCCUGGAAAACCAGGACCAGAUGGACAGCCUGGAGUAAAAGGCAGCAUAGGAGAAAUGGGAUUGCCAGGAUCAUCUGGGCCAAAAGGCAGUAAAGGUGUUGCUGGGCAGCCUGGCCAUCACGGGUUUAAGGGUGAUCCAGGAAUCAAAGGUGAAAAGGGAGAAGUAGGUCUGCCAGGAAUAGGAAUUCCUGGCCUCCCUGGUGAGAAGGGUGAAAUGGGCCAACCUGGUUUUCCUGGGGAGUCUGGACAAAAGGGAGUGAAAGGUUCCAUGGGAAUCCCAGGCACACCUGGAACAGCAGGGCCAAAAGGAGACAUAGGCCCAAUUGGUUACCCAGGUAGCCCUGGGGUACCAGGUGAAAAAGGAGCCAUUGGGUUACCUGGAUUACCAGGGCAGCCUGGUCUUGAAGGACGGUCAGGUGAACCUGGUCUGCAGGGUCCCCAAGGGUCACAAGGGAAGAAAGGAGAGCCAGGAACAGAUGGAGUCCCUGGAGCUGCUGGGGAGAGGGGUGAACCAGGCUUACCUGGUAGAGGCUUUCCUGGAACCCCUGGGCAGGCAGGCGAAAAAGGGGAAAAAGGUAACCCAGGUCCCCCUGGCAUGCCUGGAAGCCCUGGUGUUCCUGGAACCAAAGGAGAGAAAGGCCUGCCAGGAUACCAAGGUAUUCAGGGUCGACCUGGUGAAAGAGGACUACCAGGGCUAUCAAUGGAGGGGACUAAAGGGGAGAAAGGAGCUCAGGGAGAGCCUGGAGAGCCAGGGCAGACUGGUGCUCCAGGUCCAUCAGGUGUUCCAGGUAGUCCUGGAGCUAAAGGAGAGAAAGGAGAAAAAGGUUUCCAAGGCAUACAGGGUCCUCAUGGUUUGAAAGGAGAUAAAGGUUUCACUGGCCAACCUGGUGAACCUGGCUUACCAGGCUAUCAAGGACUAAAGGGUGAAAUGGGAGCUCCGGGCCUUCCUGGCUUCCAAGGAUUAAAGGGUGAGAAUGGAUUGACUGGUUUCAAAGGAGAGAUUGGUGAUAGAGGAUUUCCAGGGGCUAAAGGUAAUGAUGGCCCUCCUGGACCUCCAGGACCCAGUAUCUUUAUAAAAGGAGACAUUGGUUUGCAAGGACCACAGGGUCCCCAAGGUUUACCAGGGCCUCAAGGGAAUCCUGGACCAAAAGGACAGCAAGGAUUGAUUGGUAUACAGGGUAUUAAAGGAGAGGAUGGGGUACCAGGAUACAAUGGGUUUCCGGGCGCUAAAGGAGAACCUGGGCAUACUGGACCCUCUGGAUCCAGAGGAUAUCCAGGCCCCCCGGGUCCUGAUGGUAUCCCAGGUCAGGUUGGCCCUCCUGGACCCUCUUCCAUGGACCAUGGCUUCCUAGUGACUCGGCACAGUCAGUCCAUCGAAGUGCCCCUGUGUCCACAAGGCACCACUCUGAUCUAUGAUGGGUACUCCCUCCUGUACGUCCAGGGAAAUGAGCGAUCCCAUGGCCAAGACCUGGGUACGGCCGGUAGCUGCUUGAGGAAAUUCAGCCCCAUGCCAUUCCUCUUCUGCAACAUCAACAAUGUGUGUAACUUUGCUUCUCGUAAUGACUAUUCCUACUGGCUCACAUCUCCUGAGCCCAUGCCUAUGAGUAUGGCUCCUAUCACUGGCGAGAGCAUAAAACCUUUCAUCAGCAGAUGUGCAGUGUGUGAGGCUCCUGCCAUGGUGAUUGCUGUGCACAGUCAGACUGUAGCCAUCCCACCCUGCCCUCACGGCUGGAUAUCUCUGUGGAUUGGUUAUUCCUUUGUCAUGCACACCAGUGCAGGUGCUGAGGGCUCUGGUCAGGCUCUGGCCUCUCCUGGCUCCUGUCUGGAGGAGUUCCGCUCUGCUCCCUUCAUUGAGUGUCAUGGCCGCGGCACCUGCAACUACUAUGCUAACUCCUACAGCUUCUGGUUGGCCACCAUCGAGGAUAAUGAGAUGUUUAGCAAACCUGUCCCCACCACACUAAAGGCUGGGAAUCUGCGAACUCACAUCAGUAGGUGUCAAGUGUGCAUGAAGAGGACUUAGCCUGAUCACACUCCUCCUUCUGCAUUUGGCUUUUAUGUUCCAGUUUUACAAAAGAAAAACAGCAUGGUGCUACUUCACAGAGAGAGAGAGGAGAUGGACUUAGAAAGUGUUCUUUCAGACUUAAGAAUGCUGAUCGAAAUGAAAUAAGAAGGUCCAGAGCGAUGGGACCCCAAAACCUGGUGCCUCUGCUCCAUAUAGAACACUACAUUAAUAUCUUCAUUGUCUUUCCUAAAUAAAUGACACCUGUUUGCAAUUGCACUGAAUCUAUUAGUAAACAGGCUGCCAUUUUGAAAACAAGUCUUCUGAAUCAUGUUUUAAUGAAUACAGCUAUUCUCUUGGUUCAAAUGCUAAGUACUGUUUUGCCCAGUUUACUUAACUACACCAAAAAUAAGUAUCCUAUCUCUUUUUUCACUCAGUUUGUCAUUAUCAUAUACUAACUUCAGAGAUUUGGGUUUUCUUUCUAGUAAUACACUAUAAGUUAUGUCUGUCCUUUAUGUAGUCCAGCAGCCAGGAUGUACUUUGAGCUCUGUUGUAAAUAUAUAGCUUUGUUUAAUAAUUAACAUUUUGUCAACAUAAUCUCUUCAGGUAAAUGCAUUUAAUUUUGUCAGAGUUAUUUAUGAAAGCUAUAAGAGUACAAUGAGACCAAGGGCGCAUUUUGUAUAAGGCCAUUUCGACUCUGUUGACCAAGUCACAAUAUAAUCUGCAAUUUGAUUAAGGCACAUAAUGGUGAAUUGUAGUAUUUAGCACUAUAUGCUUUAGUAGGCAUAUAUCUGUGUAUAGCUUUGAAAUGUGUGAUUAUUAGUUCGGUGCCAGGGAGUGCAGUGGGGAUAAACAUGUUUACAUCGACAAGCAAUAUCAGCAUUUUCGCAAACAGUGUGCACUGUGUGUGUGCAUUUUGCCAUCCCUCAGUGGUCAUACCUCCCUAUACUGAGGACAUUUUCCCACUUUGUCUGAUCAGGUCUCAAUCAUACACACAGCAGUGUAUCUCAAUGGUAUGAGUCCUUUCAAGACACAUAGCUUCUUGAGCAAUUUUAAGUCAAAUACUUUUGAUACAUGUUCUCAACCUAAUGGGUAGAUUCCUUGAUUAAAAAAAACACUCUUGCAUUCUUCACUAAUCUGAAGCUGAACGUGUUUACAUGUGACUAGCUGCACUUUCCAAGGCCAGCUUUAAAAGUUAUCCUAUGCAGGUGAUAAUAAAAACUGACUAAAGUUGCCAUGCUCUUUUCAUCAAUCUUCAACAAUAAUGUGGCUUGCUAUGUGUCAUCUGUCUGUGGCCAAACCUUUUGUUUGCUCAUCCUCUGCAAGACAUUAGAUUGUUGUUCUUGCUAGACUCCAUGUGCCUCAAAUUCCUUUUGCUGUCUUGAGUGGUAAUUGAAUGCUAGACCAAAGAAUAUGCACAUACCUAGUUUUACACUGAAUAUACUUGACUAUAAAAUGUUAUAUUUUUCAGGGUCCCCUAUAAAUUCCACAAGGAAUAUAUUCAGUUAAAACUAUGCCACUGUUUCAGUUUGCCAUCUAUGUAUUCUAAAAUUAUCUUUAAUGAAUUUGAGGCUGUAAAUCCUCAUAAAUUACAAGAGACUUCCUCUAGUGUUUCCGCAUUUGUUUUAUAAAGAUUUACUCUAGAGUGCCCAUAAAAUGCUUAUCCUGGUUUAUCUCACACCAACUGAUUGUAUUCUUUCAUGAAAUGACACUGACCCCACUUACAAGUUAUUGUGGUUUGGGGUUUUUGCUGGUGUUGUCUUCCCUGUGAAUGUUGAGUUGCAGUAUUAAAAGCACUUGCUCACCACUGUGAUUCAUGGAAGCAUACACAGAUGGAUGGGGUUUUCAAGCACAGCUUUUUUGUGUCUUUCUCCCUUCUGUAUUGAAAACAUACAAUAAAUCAGUUUGUCCAUUU